CGGGCUUCGGGGGGGGGGGAAAGCGCGGGCCAGACGGAGCGAGACGCGGAUUUAGUCAUGGAGGAAUCCUAAGGGAAGAGCUUUAAAGAGGAUACGAUAUACAAAGCUACAUUUCCUGAGGAAGUCAACUCAUUUUGGAUAGCUCUGUGGAUCAAAUCAGAAGAAGAAGCAGCAGCAGCCACAAUCCUUAAGAGUCGGAAGGGCUGAAUCUGCUUUUUGGAUCCAGUGGGAUUAGCCUGUCAGCAGAGCAGCUAUCUGUGGAGGUAACCUUUCUCUUAUCCCAAGACAUCCAGAAGCUUCCAGGACCUGAGAAGGAGUGGCAGAACCUGGAGGCGGAGUCUAAAGAGGAAUCAGCCUAGAAUCCCUUCGUAGCUGCAAGCAGACUAAAUCCCACCUUCCUUCAGUGACCAUUAUCUCACUUCAGCAGCGUCCCUCUGGCUCGCUCCCUGGCCGGUUGCCGCCAUGUAUUCCCUGGUCUUCCUCUGUGCCCAGAAAGUUGUCUCUCAUUACACAACUCUGCAAGAUGCCCUGGGCUUCCUCCCGAAGGAGCUGUAUCCCGUCCUGUUCAAGGCCGCGUUCAUGGAUAAGAGAACUCCGUCGCUCCAGCAGUUAGUGCAGACCUGGCCCUUCCACGUCCUCAGUUUCCAGAAACUCCUGCGCAAGUGUCAGCAUUGCGAACGGGCCCUGAUCCGGGAGAAACCCAACAAGCUGUGCAUUCAGGCCAUUAUCUUGGGGGUGGUGACGUACCUCAUGAAGAUGCUGGAGGAUCGAAGUCGUACUAAGAGCAAGGGGCAGCGCUUGCAGAUCCUGGACAUGACGGGCCUGCAGGACGAAGGGCAGGGCCCGGAGAGCAUGAGCUUGUGGUCCAGGACGGUCACGCUGGCCAAGGCCUGCCUGGACGUCUCCAAGCAGCAGAGCAAGUGCUUGAAGCGCUCCUCCAAGCGCAGGAAGGGCCCCUACAGCAGCUCGGUGGCCCAGCCGGCGCCCCAGCCCGUUUCCGUGGACGUCUGGGUGGACCUCUUUGUCAACAGCACCUCCUACGUGGUGCUGAAGGACGCCCUGCAGAUCAACAGCAGCAACGCCCUGCGCCUGCGGUGCCGGGACUUCCGGGCGGAAGAGCUGUCCAUCGCCAGCACCGUGGGGCUCCUGGAGUUCCUGGACCCGGCCGGGGUCCGGCAGGUGGACCUGCGCUUCAACAACCUCGGCCUCUCCGGCCUGCGGGUGGUCCUCCCCCACUUGACCAAGUUCACCAACCUGGCCAGCCUGAAGCUGCCCUACAGCAACAUCGACGUCCGGCGUCUGACGGUGGGCAUGGAAGGGAGCCUGCAGUACUUCGCCACCCAGCUCAGCCGCCUGAGCUGCCUCAAAGAGCUGAACCUGGGCUCCUCGCGGCUGUCGGGGAAGCUGCGGCACCUGCUGGGGGACCUGCGAAGCCCCCUGGAGAGCCUGGAGCUGGCCUUUUGCUACCUGCUGCCCAACGACUUUGCCUACCUUUCCCAAAGCCUCCACACCUCGGCCCUAAAGAAGCUGGACCUGAGCGGCAACAACCUGUCCGACAGCCUCCUCCAGCCCCUGCAGGGCCUGCUGACCGAGGCCGCCUCCACCUUGCUCCACCUGGACAUCAUGGAGUGCCGCCUGAUGGACACCCACCUCAACCUGCUCCUGCCGGCCCUCUGCCGCUGCUCCCACCUGCGCUACCUGGGCGUCUUCGGCAACCCCAUCUCGGCCAAAGGGGUGAAGAACCUGCUCCACAAGACGGUGGGCCUCUUGGACCUGCGGCUGGUCAUCUACCCCUACCCCGUGGACUGCUACGGGGACGACCUGCCCUGGCCCCCCACCUCCUCCAACCUGCUCAACGGUUCCGUGGACGAGGAGAAGUUCUCCCGGGUCAGCAACGAACUCCAGCAGAUGCUGCUCAGCGCCAACCGGGGAGACGCCAUCUGGACCACGAACCUUUGUCGCCACAACAGCCUCGACUAUUUCAGUUUAUAGCCCCCACCCCCUCGGGGCCACCGUACUCUUCUCCUCCGAAAUGUGGAAUAAAGCCCCUCCUUUUCCUCUGUUGUGGCUGAUCUGAGCCCUCUGGGCGGUCCCGGAAGUCGCGCAGCCGAUUAAGAGCCAGCAGGGAGGUUUUCCGCAAGCGUGGAAACGCGCCCUGCCGGUGGUGCUGGGCCCCGAAGGAGCCGGUGAACGGAAGCCACCACGCAGGGAUGGGGAGGGGGGGCACAG